AUGGCCUUCCAAGGAGCAUCUUCCUCUUCUACCGGUGGUACUAACGAAGUAUUUUUGAGUUUUAGAGGCAAAGAUACUCGUACUAAUUUUACUGCCCAUCUCUGCGAAGCUUUGCGUCAAAAGGGAAUCAACACCUUCAAAGAUGAUGAGCGGCUUAAAAGUGGAGAGAAAAUUUCACCAGCACUUCUCAAAGCCAUUAAAGAGUCACAGAUUUCAAUUAUUGUAUUUUCUAAAAACUAUGCAUCAUCCAAAUGGUGCUUGGAUGAGCUAAUAAAUAUCCUUGAGCGUAAAAAAACAAAGGGGCAACAGGUUCUACCGGUGUUCUACAAAGUAGAUCCGUCGGAAGUACGGAAUCAAACCAACAGUUUUGAAGAAGCUUUCAUCAAACAUAAAAAAAUGUUCAAAGAUGAUCAAACGAAGGUGCAGAGGUGGAAGACGGCCCUAACUGAAGCAGCCAAUUUGUCUGGAAAGCAUUCAGAGAGUUACAGGAAUGAACCUGAAUUUAUUCAUGACAUCAUUGAAUGGGUGAAUUCGAUAUUAGUAAAAAAGGUAUUCUUUCAAGUUGCCCAGUAUCCGAUUGGAAUAAAGUCCCGUGUACAAGCUGUGGAGUCACGUUUAGAUAUAGAGAAGAAUGACAUUACAUGCAUGGUAGGGAUCUUUGGAACUGGUGGAAUUGGUAAGACAACUAUCGCCAAAGCCAUCUAUAACUCGAUUGCUUCUCAGUUUGAAGGUGGUAGUUGUUUUCUUGAAGACAUUAGAGAAAAAUCCAACCAAGAGGACGGUCUAGUCCAUUUGCAAAAUAAGCUUCUUUCUAACAUCCUAGGAGAAUCAAGUUCAAUGGUUGACAAUGUUGAUCAAGGAAUUACUUUAAUAAAGCAAAGACUUUGCAGUUUAAAGAUAUUUCUAGUUCUUGAUGAUGUGGAUCAAUCAAUCCAAUUAGAAAAGCUGGUUGGAAAAGGUGAUUUGUUUGGCUUAGGAAGUAGAAUCAUUAUAACAACAAGAGAUAAACAUUUACUUACUGUACAUGGAGUUGAUUCAACAUACCAAGUGAAUAAGUUGGAUGAUAAUGAAGAUCUUGCACUCUUUAGUUGGCAUGCCUUCAACAAAGACAAACCUGAUGAUGAUUAUGUGGAAGUCACAAAAGAUGCAGUACGUUAUGCUGGAGGAUUGCCACUAGCUUUAAUAGUAGUAGGCUCAGCUCUGAAAGGAGAGAACGUAGAAUAUGUCAAAAAAAUACUAGUUGGUUGUGGUUUUAGCUCAUAUAGUGGCAUUGAAGAGCUGAAGGAUAAGUGUCUCAUAUCCGAGUCUCAUGGAUCAUUGGUGAUGCAUGAUUUGAUUCAAGAAAUGGGUAGAGAAAUUGUUCGACAAGAAUCACCCAACGAACAUGGCAAGCGUAGUAGGUUGUGGCUUCAUGAAGAUGUUCUUGAUGUCCUAGAAGAAAAUACGGGAACAAACAAUGUUGAAGGCAUAUUGAUAGAUUCCCCUGAAUCAGACUUGAUAGACUUGAGUUCCAAAGCCUUUAUGGAGAUGAAAAUGCUCAGAUUGUUUAUAUGUUGUAAUGCACGGUUUUCUCAAGAGAUUAAUUUUCUCCCUAAUGAGUUGAGAUUACUUUAUUGGCCUGAAUAUCCUGGAGAAUCUUUGCCAUCCAAUUUUCGUGGGAGGAAGCUUGCUGUUUUGAGAAUGCCUCAUAGUCACCUCAUUGGAUUGGAGGGAGUUGAGAUUUUCCAAAAUUUGACAAUUAUGAAUUUCACUUAUUGUGAAUUCCUUAAAAAAAUCCCUGAUGUUUCAAAGAUUUCAAAUUUGACGACAUUGAUUCUUGAUGGUUGUGCACAUUUAGUUGAAGUUCAUAGUUCUGUUGGAUCCCUUAAUAAGCUUGUUGAUUUGAGUCUUGAAAACUGCUAUAGGCUUAGGAGUUUUUUGAGAAGCCUCAAGUUGAGAAAUCUAGAAUCUCUUGUCCUUUGUGGUUGCUUAGAGCUUAAGAACUUUCCUGAAAUUGAGUGUCAAAUGAAAUAUUUAGAGUAUGUCGACUAUCAAUAUACUGGCAUAGAGAAAUUGCCCUCAUCCAUUGGGCACCUCAUUGGGGUUAAAAAAUUAUAUCUAACUGGUUGCAAAAACCUUAAGAAUCUUCCGGACAGCAUCUAUCAGUUGCAACAUUUAGAGCGUCUCAUUCUCAAGGAUUGUACUGGUGUAAAAAGGCUGCCUUCAUCCAUUAGGUACCUUGUUAAGGUUAAAACUUUAGAUCUAAGUGGUUGCACAAACCUCAUGAAUCUCCCAAAUAGCAUUUAUCACUUGCAAGAUUUAGAGGAACUUGAUCUCAAGGGUUGUUCAAAACUUGUUAAGUUUCCAAACAACAGACAAACCAUGCCCUCUAUUGCAUCCAAAGACGAAUCAGAAAUUUCACACGGGGAAGAAUUAGUCCAAUUGUUCCGCAAUUCUAAUGAUGGUUGUUCCUCGACAACAUUUCCAAAACUUCUACGAGAGUGA